UGAAGCUUUACCAAUUUUCGGGGAUCUUAUGGAUCCAUUGACUCAUUCUUCAACCAAAGCCUCCGGGGCAAACCCUCACAUGAAUCGAUAAAAUUACUCAUUCUUCAACGAUGAGUAACUUUGGAACGACUAGUCGCACCUUAUGAUUGGGAUUGUAUAGAUCAAAUUUCUCAUUCAUGUGUUUUCCUCACACUUAUCUAAAGGGAAUGGUACGUAGCCAAAACAUAACAAAAUAAACCGCAAACAAGAAUAGACUCCGGCCACUCAAGUGGCCGUGACGGCAUUUCGGCAACGGUUCAGAGCAGAUGAAGGCAACUUAGUAGCGGCAACAUCAACAAGGAUGGCGAAUCACCAACGGUCGAAUCAAGAACGGUAACAAAUAGCCAUGGGAGAAGAGAGAAUACCUGAUGGCAAAACAGCAUCUUCCCCGAUUCCUGAAGUUGGGAAAAACAAAGCCAGUUUCCAGGCCUCGAUCAGGCUAAAAUACGUAAAGCUUGGUGUUCAUUAUGUGAUUUCGAAUGUCGCGUAUCUGUUUAUCAUUAUCCUCCUCCUUACAGCUGCAGCAAACAUAUCAACAAAGCACAUAUUCGAGAUAUUUCAAUUAUGCAAUUAUCAUCUCAAAUACAAUAAUGUUUUCGCAGUAAUCAUAAGCACAUCUCUAAUGUUCACCUUAGCAACGUAUUAUAUAAUGAGUAGGCCAAGAAAAGUUUACCUGGUGGAUUUCGCCUGCUACAAGCCUGAUGAUCAGUCCCCCCUCGUGUGCCCCCGAGAGAAGCUUGUGAAAGUGGCAUCUGAUCUUAUCAGCAAAGAAAGUGGUGAGUUUAUAAAGAAAAUUAUGGAGAGAUCAGGAUUGGGGGACAAUACCUACAUGACUUGUCUCGAUAAUUUCCCCCUAAAACGCCCCUUCGAGGAUGCCAGGGAGGAAGCUGAGACGAUUAUAUUUGGAGCUAUUGACGAACUUUUUGCCAAAACCAAAGUGAAGCCAAGAGAUAUAGGCAUUGUGAUAGUAAACAUUACUGCUUUUAAUCCAACACCUUCUCUUUCGGCCACCGUUGUCAACCGUUACAAGCUACGAGGUGAUGUGGUGAGCUGCAACUUAGGUGGAAUGGGCUGCAGUGCUGGAUUAAUAGCUCUAGACCUGGCAAAGCAGCUUCUACAGGUGCAACCGAACACUUACGCUCUAAUUAUGAGUUUGGAGAGCGUAGCAAGCAAUUAUUAUGCAGGUAAAGAGCGCUCAAAGCUGCUGUCGAACUGCCUCUUUAGACUGGGAGGGGCAGCGAUUCUGUUAUCGAAUAGGUUUUCUGAUCGAAGGCGUUCAAAAUAUGAACUCACUCGCACACUACGUACCCACAAAGGUGCUGACGACAAAGCAUACAAUUGUGUGAGCCAAGUGGAGGAUGAAGAAGGAUAUCUCGGGAUGUCAUUGUCCAAAGACAUAAUUAAUGUCGCCGGACAGGCCUUACAGGCACAUAUCACAACACUCGGACCUUUGGUACUUCCAAUGUCAGAGCAGCUCCUAUUUGUAGCCACUUUGGCUGCAAAAAAGAUGUUCAAGAUGAAAAUCAAGGCGUAUGUUCCGGACUUCAAGCUUGCUUUCGAUCACUUCUGCAUUCACACGGGUGGGAGAGCAGUGUUGGAUGAGCUGGAGAAGACCCUCCAGCUCACCGAAUGGGACAUGGAGCCUUCUAGAAUGACUCUCUAUAGGUUUGGCAACACCUCUAGCAGUUCGGUGUGGUAUGAACUUGCAUAUGCUGAGGCCAAAGGGCGGGUUAAAAAGGGUCAUCGUGUCUGGCAAAUAGCAUUUGGUUCUGGAUUCAAGUGUAACACCGGUGUCUGGCGAGCAUUAAAGACGGUUGAUCCUGCCAAGGAGAAGAAUGUAUGGAUGGAUGAGAUUCACAAAUUUCCUGUUCAAGUGCCAAAAGUAAUGCCGAUACCAACAUAACUGAGGGGGUUUAAGGGAACAAACAUACAUGUUCCAACAUACAUAAGGUUAUUUACUAAUAAAACACUUGUUUCUCCAUUCUCAUUGAUUAAAAUUCCAAAUCUGUGUUCAUGUUUAAUUUGCAAAGGAAGUCUUCAGCCAAGUUUGUUAAGCAUCUGUUAUGUCCUAUGACUUUUGAACAAGUAAACAGACA